GCGUUCUGGGCAAAUGUAAUGUACGCUGGGUGACGUUGGGGAGACGCCGCGUUCGUGUCACGGUCGAAAACCAUUACAGACGAGAGUAUGUUACCGUGACCUAACGCGUUCUUUUGCUAAGCGGCCUUCUGCAGGUGCUGUUCGUCGGACGUGGUGAUGCUGCCCGUGGGUGUGAGCGGCCACGAGGGAGGAGCUGACAUAUUCGCCGCCGUUCAGAGAGGCGACGUGCAGCAGUGCGCCAAGAUCGUGCACGAGGACCGCUCAGCCCUCGCGCAGAGAGGCUGGGGUGGGUUUAGCCCCCUGCACUACGCCGCUCUCCAGGGCAACAGGCCUCUCGUCAACCUCUUGGUGAGCCAUGGUGCUGACUGCAACGCGCUCUGCCAAGCAGGCCAGACACCCUUUCAUUUCGCCAGCAGACAGGGCAAUGUCUACAUUAUGCAUCAGAUGCUUCAACAUGGCGCAGACCUUCGUAUUGCUGACCUUCAGGGAAAAACUGCCUUUCUGCAUGCGGUCUCUGGCGGGAGUGUGGUUGCUGUGCAAUACUUGUCUGAGACCAAGAUGUUCAGUUUUUCUGACACUGACAAUUUCCUGAUCAGUCCGCUGCACCUGGCGGCCUCCACGGGCAAUCUAGACAUGGUGAAGUACUUGCUGAGGAACAACAGGUGUGCGGCCGAUGCCUCCGACCAACAGGGGGCAACAGCACUGCAUGUGGCUGCAGAGAGGGGGGCAGUAGAAGUGAGUUGGCUGCUGAUGCGAGAGGCUGGCCUGCAGGCUUUGCACCUGCGCAACCAUAAUGGGUUCACCCCCCUUGACCUGUGUCGACAAGGGGCCACCUUCAGACAUCAACAAUUAGCACAGAUUUUAAUGAAGUUCAUCAGCGUGCCAGCUGAUCACAGACCUGAAGAGUCACAUGGCAUGUACUACUGGGCCCUCCUGUUCCCAUCUCUCAGUGGUGGAGCCAUCUUCCUAAUGGCUGUGUUACUGGGCGGCUACGGAGGGAUACUGUGUGUCCUGCUCUUCCCCUGGCUGGCCAAGUGCAUUUUCACCCAGUACCACAGAAUGAGCAGCUACCAAAGAUUGCCCAACCCUGUUUACCUGGGUACUCUGGCAGCUGGGAUACUGCACUCGCUGGUGUGCUUUUAUGUCAAGAUCAUGCCGAAUAUCCAGCCUUCUAAUUCAUUGCUCCACGUGUCCAUCAUCCACUUCUCCUUGGUUCUGUGGCUGUUCUGGCAUCUUCUCAUCAAGAAUCCUGGACAUAUGCAGGGGGCUGAUGCCGACCCCAGGUUUUCCAGCAUUGCUGACCUCGUGGAAGCCAACGAAAGCCUCAGUAGGUUUUGCAUUGAAUGCGAGAUGUUUCAACCUGAUGGUUGCAAGCACUGCAGGCUGUGCAGUGCAUGUGUGCUAGAAUAUGACCAUCAUUGCCUCUUCAUCGGCCGCUGCGUUGGCAGGGAUAACCGGCGCCUCUUCCUGUUGUUCCUCCUGGCCAUGGUGAUUGCUCAUACGCUCUUCCUUCUAGCAGCAGUGCAGUACCUGCUUCAUCAGAUGGGCGGUGCUCCACAGGCCCCCUGGGGCACUGAGGCCUGGGUUCAGACCUUGGCUGUUAUGAACCUUGUCACUGCCCUGUGGGAGAUCUGGCUUCUGAGGGAGCAGGUCCAGGCUCUUGCCUUAGGCACCACCACUUACUUCAAACAUUCCCCAUACCCACAUCACCCUCCCAGGCAGCGGUGGGCAGCAGUUGUCAAUUUUCUGAUUGAAGGCAGACUGAACUGGGAGAGGGUGCAAACCUCAUCUGUAGAUGUUUAAAAUGGCAGUGGAGCACAGUGAACUGGACUUUUGCACUAUGCCUGUGGCCAAGUGGAUUGGGACUCUGCUUUAUACCUGUUGAAGCCACAGUAUAUGAAAGGCACUUUUGAACAUUCUGGAAAAAAACUUGUGUGUAGACAUAAAUUUAACAGUACCGGCGCACCAGCAGUGAUUUAGUGUCGUACAUGCUGUAGACACCUGAUCAGUCAAGUUCAGCAAAUGUCAUAUUUGCCCAUUUUGAUGGUGUAUUGAUGUUUAGAAUCAAAUAUUUUAACAAUUUUUUUUAUUAACAAAGUCAAUGUUACUGAUCUAGAUUAAUAAUCAUCAGAAUUGCCAAAAUGGUCAGUGGAUUUCAAACAAGUAUUUUAAAGGUGUGAAAUUGCAGUAGUUAAAGGUGAUGAUAGAUUUGUUUUGUUUUGUUUUCAUGUUUUUUACACUGUCCCCAGAUGGAUAUAUAGUGUUUUGUGAACAUUUUUUUUUAAAGAAACUGAAUAUGAAGAUCUCAUGGAGUAUGCAGUCUGUCUGUGGUUUUUGUUUGUGUCUUGAUAUGAAGUUUGUUGAUUUUUAUGCUAACCCAGGGACUUUGGUUGUCUACAGUUUACCAUUACUCUUUGUAAAGCUGAUAACUUUUUCCAAGGUGACUUGCAAUGUUUGGUAAUUAAAAUUACAGUGAUGUACCCAUUUAUACAACAGGGACCUCUACUUGUAUCACUUUGGGGUAAGUACCAUAAUCAAGAGAACUACAAGCACGAGUCUGAUUCAAAUCGAGAAUUUAACCGAAUGGCCGCAUCUAUCGUAUAGUCUGCUGCUGAUGAUAAAAUAACGUAGUGAAAUAAA